AUGGAAGAGAUGGAGAAAGUGGGGGAGAGAAAUGGUAUGAAGAGAAAACGUGGGAGUAGGAAGAAACAUAAGAACAAGAAGAAAGUUCUGGAGGAGACAGUGAAAGAAGAGGUGGCUGAGAGAGAGGGGAGUGAGGGAGAGCCCAUGCAGGAAGUGGUGGAGGUUGGGACGAUUGAGGUAGAGAUGAUUGAGGCAGUGGCUUUGGAGGAUGUGAUGAAUGAGGUAGAGUUGAAUAAGGUAGAGGUGUUAGAAGGAGAUGGCAAGCGGGAAUUAGCAAAUGAGGCAGAGGUAGCGGUGAUUAAGGUAGAAGCAGUGGCCAAGCAGGAAGUGGUGAAAGAUAUAGCGGCCAAUGUCAUAGAGGGGAUUGAGAGAGAUGCAAAACAGGUAUUAGCAGAAGAGAUAGAGCCAAAUGAGGUCGAUUGGAAUGAGGGAAUGGCCAAACAGGAAGUGGUGGAGAAAGUUGAUAAUAUUGUGGAGACAAAGAAAGAGGGAAAGGAUUGUGUUCAGAGGAAACAUAGGAAUAGGAAGCUACGAAGGAUUGAGAUGAAAGUUUGGGAAGUAGAAGAGAUGAAGGUAAACGAGAUUGAGAGAGAGGGGAAUGAUGGAGAGCCCAAGAAGGAAGUGGCGAGUGAGGUAGAGGUAGUGGUGAUUGAGGUAGAUGCAGUGGCCACACAGGAAUUUGUGAAAGAGGUAGUGGCCAAUGUCGUAGAAGGGAUUGAGAGAGAUUCCAAGGAGAACUUAGGGAAAGAGGUAGAGGCAAGUGAGGUAAAUGGGAAUGAGGGAAUAGCCAAACAGGAAGUGGCUAAGAAAGUUGAUAAUGUUGUGGAGACAAAGAAAGAGGGAGAGGAUGGUGUUCAGAGGAAACGUAGGAAUAGGAAGCUACGAAGGACUGAGAUGAAAGUUCGGGAAGUAGAAGAGAUGAAGGAAAACGAGAUUGAGGGAGAGGAGAAUGAUGGCGAGCCCAAGAAGGAAGUGGCGAGUGAGGUAGAGGUAGCGGUGAUUGAGGUAGAUGCAGUGGCCACACAGGAAUUUGUGAAAGAGGUAGUGGCCAAUGUCGUAGAAGGGAUUGAGAGAGAUGCCAAGGAGGACUUAGGGAAAGAGGUAGAGGCAAGUGAGGUAGAUGGGAAUAAGGGAAUAGCCAAACAGGAAGUGGCUAAGAAAGUUGAUAAUGUUGUGGAGACAAAGAAAGAGGGAGAGGAUGGUGUUCAGAGGAAACGUAGGAAUAGGAAGCUACGAAGGACUGAGAUGAAAGUUCGUGAAGUAGAAGAGAUGAAGGAAAACGAGAUUGAGGGAGAGAGGAAUGAUGGAGAGCCCAAGAAGGAAGUGGCGAGUGAGGUAGAGGUAGUGGUGAUUGAGGUUGAUGCAGUGGCCAAGCAGGAAGUGGUGAAAGAGGUAGUGGCCAAUGUCGUAGAAGCGAUUGAGAGAGAUACAAAGCAGGAAUUGGUGAAACAGGUCGAGGCAAUUCAGGUCGACACGAUCGAAGAAAAGGCCAUGCAGGUCUUGAUCAAUGAGGUAGAUACGAAUGAGGUAAAGGCCAAACAGGAAAUGGCAAAAAAAGUUGAGAAGGUGGUGGAGGAGAUAAAGCAGGAAGGGGCAAAUGAGGUUGAGGCAUAUGAAGUAGAUGCCAUCCAGGAAGUGGCAAAAGAGGUAGAGGAGAUUGAGGGAGAGGCCAAGCAGGAAGUGGUUAUGGAGGUAGAGCCGAAUGAGUUAGAGGCGAAUGAUGUAGAGGUGAUUGAGGUAGAAGUGGAGGUAGGGGCUAUUGAGGUGGAGGAGAGUGAGGGGAUUUUGGUAGAGGAGAAUGAUGUAGAGGCAAAAGAAGUAGGAGCUAUUGAGUUAAAGGCAAAUGAGGUAGAGCUGAAGGAGGUCGACACGAUUGAAGACGAUAUAAAGCAGCAAGUGGUGAAUGAGGAAGGAAGAUGUGAGCAACCUUGGAGGGCAGAGAGUGUUCAGGAAGAGAAGAAAGAGAUUAAGCACAUCCCAUCUUCUAAGGGAGAGAGAAAGAACAGUUUCUGGCAUUGGGCAAUUUGGAGCUUCAUGUGCUGCACACGGCAGCUGGAGAAAGAUGAGGAAGAGGAGGAAGAUGAGGAAGAGGAGAAUGAACGAAGAGGAGACAGAGGGAAGGAGCACCAAGACCAGGAGCCGGGAAACAAGAAGAAAGAAAAGUGGUGGAGACUCCGCAGAGGGAGAAACUAG